AUGACUAGACAAUUCUUGAAUUACUCAGUUGCCAUGGUAACUCCAUUCACUUUGGAUGGUGAUUUCGAUGAAAGCUCGGUUCCUGAACUCACCAAAUUCUACAUCGAACAAGCAAAAGCACCUGGUUUAUUGAUCAGUGGAACUACUGGCGAACAGCACUGUCUGACAAUUGCAGAGCGCAAAAAGCUAUAUAAACUCGUUGCAAAGUCAUCACCCGAGGGAUAUCCAUUGUAUGCAGGUGUAGCAGCUUUUAAAACCAAAGACGCAGUUGAGCUUGCCAAAGCAGCAGAAGGUGCUGGUUGCUCGGGAAUUAUGCUGGGUGUGCCUCCUUAUCGUGUUCCUUCACAAAGAGAGCUGAUAGCAUACGUGACCGAUGUAGCCAAUGCUACCAAGUUGCCUAUCUUUCUGUACAAUAAUCCCAACAGAAACACUGUGCAAGUCGAGCCCGAGACUUUUGUUCACCUGGUCAAGACGGUCAAGAACCACAAUUUGUUUGGCAUCAAAGAAACUGGAGUUGUUGCCAAUGUAGAAAAGAUUAAGGAGCUACUAGAUGAAGAACUGGCCAAACAGCAAUCAUUCUUUACCGGAGGAGACGGCUCAUAUGUUGAUCUCUACAAAGAUCAUGGAUUCACUGGCAUCACAUCAAUUGCAGGUGCUCUUUUUCCUGAAGAGAUGAUGAGCAUUAACCAACAUUUACAAAAUGGCGAGACUGAGAAAGCCGAGCAGGUCAUGAAGACGCUUUCACCAAAGAUUCAAUUAAUGCAAAAAGCAGGAUUUUUACAAAGUCUUAAAUAUCUGUUACGUCAAAGAGGAGCUCCUGCCGGUUAUUGUCCUGCACCUCUUUUGGAUCCCACCGAUGAACACAAGGAAUUGUUGAAGGCAUUGAUCUAG